CGGACGAUAACUGAGUGCGGGCGACGCUUGACUCAUGCUCGACUCUGCCGGCUGGGUCCGAUGACCUGUCAAGACAGCGUAGGAGAAUAUCAAGGUUGCUGGUGCAUACCAGGUCGAUUCGGAGGCAUUCGGAACUGGAGCUGCCGGAGACUACAUAGGAUGCUCCUGCUGGCAGCGGCGCACUCGGAUCCGCAUGCGGAAAGGUGUCGCCCGAGUUCAGGGCAACAAUGUCGACGAUGGUUUCCUUGUAACUGCCGUGUUUUUGGAUGCGCGGCUUUUCGUUCGCGAUCGUGAUGGUGUCGCCCUUCUGUUGGGUUGUGAUGACCUUGAAUACUUUGAUGGACCCCGUCAGGAGCACGAAUAUCGAGUCGAUGACGCCGCCUGUGCCGGAGUCAGCAGUGGGUUCGGACGAAGAAACGGACCUCGCUCGAUCCAAGCAGCCACCAAGAAGCCAUGGGCCUCAAUCGCAUUUCACGGCCAUACCUUCAGCUACAAUCACUCGGUUGCGAUCAAAGACCACACUUUCGCUGGUAAAUGCAAAAAACUCGAUAUUGGCCCGCGAACAGCCCUCGAAUAGCGGCAGACGCUCAAACAGCUCGACAAUCAACAUGUCCUUGGUUUGCUUGGCUUCGGCUAUGACUUCAAAGUAGUCGGCGCUGGAAACGCUGGCGAACUCGCAGUUCAUGAGGCAUGUUACCGUCUCCUUCCUAGCGAGCGUCUGUUAAAUCGGUUGCAGUCCUUAGUUUAGAUUCUUGAUCGCUGCCCUGCAAGCCUG